AUGUACAUUGGGCCAUGGCAGGAGUAUCGCCUGGCCAAGAUCCAGGACGAUGCGAUUCAGAGACUGCGUCAGGAAUGGGAGGCCACGCUGAGUGGCCAACUAGCUCCAGGAGACGAUGAUAGGAUUCGAGAGCUCAUGCAGCCGUUGGUGGCGAAGCUUCCUUCGAUGCUGCUUGCUGCAAAUCGACCGGAGUCUGCACGAUCAAGUAACAACCAGGAGACGCACGAUCCAAGCUCAUCUAGGGCUCCUUUCAAGCCCCCGAGGCCGAAGAAAGGCAAGAAACUCACGGCGUUGGAGCAGGUGCAGAAACGAAAGAAAAUGUUCGCGACGUGGAUCAAAGAAGCUGCUCCAGCCAAUCCCUCAAAUCAAGCUCCUAUCGUGUCUCCUACGAUCUCCGCUCCGUCAAAUGCUGCUGACAUCGAUCUAGACGAGUCCGUGGACGAAGAAGAGCUCAACAAACUGCUGAAUUGGACCGACACUCUUCUGUCUCCGCACGCCUUAGACUCGCUGUGCGAUUUUGACUCCUGA